UUACAGUAUACUUUAUCUUCGUAGAUUUCACUUCCGGAUUUGUUUUCGACUAGAUGAUCGUCUUCUGGCCAGUUGGAAAUUAAUUACAGAGUGGAUUCCUUUUGUAAUUGGCGAUAAAGGUUCGUUGGUUAGCAGGAUCGUUACUCUAAGCUAGUUCAGCCAGUUUAAUCCUGAUUGAAUCAGCAUGGGAAACGACGGUGGCAGCAUUCCUCGACGUGUGGAGUUGGUGCGCGAGAAGCAGCGACCCAAACAGGCGGACAAGGACGCAGAGGCCGCGGCCAGAUGGAAGCACUGCCAGCUGUCGCAGCAGCCUCUGCGCCAGCCCGUCGUCGCCUGCGAUCUGGGCCGUCUCUACAACAAGGAUGCCAUUCUCCAGCAGCUCCUCGCCAAAAAGUCCCGUUCCCCCCUGGCUGACCAUAUCAAAUCGCUCAAGGACGUGUACGAACUGAAGUUGACGGUGUCAGCGGACAGUGCGGAGGGCGAGCACGGCGGGUCGUACGACAAGUGUCUGUGGGUCUGUCCGGUGACGGGGCUGGAAAUGAACGGCCGACAUCCCUUCUCCUUCCUGCGCAGCUGCGGCUGUGUCCUCUCCGAUCGCGCACUGAAAGCACUCAAAUCCGACACAUGCCCUGGCUGUAAUUCGCCUAACAAAUACACGGGUGACGAAGUGAUCCCGCUGAAUCCGCCGGCGGAGGAGGUGGAGCGGCUGCGGGAGGCGAUGAAUGUGCGGCGCGCGGAGCGGAAGGCCAGCAGGGAGGGCAAGAAGCGGCCGCUGGAGGGGAACAGUCAGGAGGCCACGACGUCCAAGACCGCCCGCACCAGCAGCAGCGUCAAGCACCCUUCGGCGCGCGACGCCGACGUGCAGCGCAUCGCGCAGCGCUCGGUGGCGACGGACCCGGCGGCCAGUCAGGUCUUCAAGUCCCUCUUCACCAGCAGCGAGGACGCCAAGAAGCGCGACCACGCCCACUGGGUCACCUACAACCCCUUCUACAACUGAACGUGUCCUGUUUCCUUUCUUUUUUGGUCUGCUCUUGACUGCAGUCGCUGAUUCCUGUACAGAUAGUUUGCGUUGAAUGUGGGACUUUUCAGUGGAAAUAGUUGACUAGUGACCUUUUUUUUUGCGUUUGCGGAGACCAUCAUUUGCGAUUGAGGAUGGUGCGCGGUAUGCGUUGAUUGGCGGACGAUUGGCGCUUGAGUAAUGGGCGACAGUGAGCGGUAAAAGAUAAAUGGCAGAUUGCCGAA